GGUUCCUGGGCCAAAAGGGGGGAAAAGCAAGAAAUGAGCUUUGAUAUGAGCCCGGCGGGCUUGAAGAAGCUGUGUCGGGAGAAGCGGCUGUAUGCGAGUCUUCCAGAGCUUAACGAGGUUCUUCAUCUCCAUCACAGGGGCAUAGUCGAGAUUAAAGGCCUCGAAGAGUACACUGGAUUAAAAACUCUCCACCUCGAGUCGAAUGCAAUACUGAAGAUCAAAGGUCUGGAUUGCCUCAUGAAUCUUCGCUGCCUCUAUUUAAACCAGAACUUGCUCGAAGAUGUGGAAGGACUUGAUAAACUCCCCCGCUUGGAAGCACUCGAUCUGGCAGAUAAUCAGAUCAAGUGCUUGAAAGGACUCUCUUGCUGCCAGUGCUUGCGUCAACUUAAUCUUUCCGGAAACAUGCUUUGCCUGGAGGAGGACGUCGCGCAUCUCACAAAAUGCAAGAGCUUGCAGUCACUCGACAUCUCCAGGAACAAACUUGACAACGAAGAGUCUCUCCAGAUAAUUCAAUCGCUUCGUCUCACCCUCUUGAAAAUGUCUGGAAAUCCGAUUGUAUCAACGAUACCAUAUUACCGGAAGCUUUGCCUCGUCCAAAUGCCCACGCUUACGUACCUGGAUGAAUCUCCUGUCUCUGAGCACGAGCGUCGCUUGGCAAGAGCAUGGGCAGAAGGUGGAAACGAGGAGGAGACAUCAAUGCGGGAAACUAUACGCAAGGAAGAAGCCCAUCAGAGAGAGAUCCAUCGUCAAGCAUUCGAAGCCAUGAUCGAGGAAGCGACGGCCGAGCUGGCCGAGAACGAGCGAAAGCAAAGAGAAGCGGCAGAAAGAGCUCAAGAGGAGCGAGCCGAGGCAGCGGCAAGAGAAGAGCAGUGCCGAGCCGAGAUUGCUGCGAGAGAGGAAGCAAAGAGGAGACAAGAGAUCCAAGAGCAGCGGAGAGCCGAGCUAGCAGCGAGGGAGGAGAAGAGAGCCGCCGAGCUUGUAGCGGUGGAGGAGGAGCUAGCCGCGGAGCUUGCUGCGCGCGAGAAGAACUUGUCCGAGGAAUGGAUUAUAGAGCGGCUCGAGUGCGCUGACAAGGAGAGGAAGUUUAAGAAGGAGCUCCAGGAGCGCGUUUUGGAGCGAGUGGCCCAAGACAAGAACGUCGCAAGGCCUAUGCUCUGGGGAACCAAAGGUUACAAGAGUCUCUGGGAAAUAGCAACUAAUAUAGACGACUCUACUUAACAAUUUUUUCUAAACAAUGGUUGAAGAAAAUUUUCGUC